AUGCGUGCGGCCGGGGGGCGACUCCUAUCCAGAACGGGUGUCUGCAGCCUCACAGUCAGACCUCGGGAGGGCCCCUCUCGGGCAAGGGGCCUGCGAAACCUCCCGGCGGCCCAAACAUCAAGGGCCUUUCUAAAUUCCAGGAAAAAAUACUUCCGCCGUGUUGAGGUCCCCGCUGAUGAGGGCGGAAGUGGUCCUUCUGCCUCAAGGAUGACAGUCCUCAGGUACCCUCAAAGUUGGAGCUGCCAGUGGUUGCCAAUCCUGAUACUGCUGCUGGGCACAGAUCGUGGGCCAGGGGUGCAAGGUGUGACACACUACAAGAUCGGCGACCCUGUCAUUCUAUACGUCAACAAAGUGGGACCUUAUCAUAACCCUCAGGAAACUUACCACUACUACCAGCUUCCAGUGUGUUGCCCUGAGAAGAUUCGUCACAAAAGCCUUACCCUGGGUGAAGUGUUGGAUGGGGACCGAAUGGCUGAGUCUUUGUAUGUGAUCCGCUUUCGGGAGAAUGUGGAGAAGAGAGUUCUGUGCCAUAUGCAGCUCAAUUCUGCACAGGUGGAGCAGCUGCGCCAGGCAAUUGAGGAAUUGUAUUACUUUGAAUUUGUGGUGGAUGACUUGCCAAUCCGUGGUUUUGUGGGUUACAUGGAGGAGAGUGGCUUCCUACCACACAGCCACAAGAUAGGACUCUGGACUCAUUUGGACUUCCACCUAGAAUUCCAUGGAGAUCGAAUUAUAUUUGCCAAUGUUUCGGUACGGGAUGUCAAGCCCCACAGCUUGGAUGGGUUACGAUCUGAUGAAUUCCUAGGCCUUACCCAUACUUACAGUGUACGCUGGUCUGAGACUUCAGUAGAACAUCGGAGUGACAGGCGCCGUGGUGAUGACAGUGGUUUCUUUCCCAGAACACUGGAAAUCCACUGGUUGUCCAUUAUCAACUCCAUGGUGCUUGUGUUUUUACUGGUAGGUUUUGUGGCUGUCAUUCUAAUGCGUGUACUUCGGAAUGACUUGGCUCGGUACAACCUGGAUGAGGAGACUACCUCUGGAGGCUCUGGUGAUGACUUUGACCAGGGUGACAAUGGCUGGAAAAUUAUCCAUACGGAUGUCUUCCGCUUCCCUCCAUACCGUGGUCUGCUCUGUGCGGUGCUUGGCGUGGGUGCCCAGUUCCUGGCUCUUGGCACUGGGAUCAUUAUAAUGGCACUGCUGGGCAUGUUCAAUGUGCAUCGCCAUGGAGCCAUUAAUUCAGCAGCCAUCUUGUCAUAUGCUCUGACUUGCUACAUCUCUGGCUACGUGUCCAGCCACUUCUACCGGCAGAUUGGAGGCGAGCGUUGGGUGUGGAACAUCAUUCUCACUACCAGUCUGUUCUCUGUGCCUUUCUUCCUGACCUGGAGUGUGGUGAACUCGGUGCAUUGGGCAAAUGGUUCAACACAGGCUCUGCCAGCCACUACCAUCCUGCUGCUUCUGACGGUUUGGCUGCUGGUAGGAUUUCCUCUCACUGUCAUUGGAGGCAUCUUUGGGAAGAACAACGCCAACCCUUUUGAUGCACCUUGUCGCACCAAGAACAUUGCUCGGGAGAUCCCACCCCAGCCUUGGUACAAAUCCACUGUCAUCCACAUGACUGUUGGAGGCUUCCUGCCAUUCAGUGCCAUCUCCGUGGAGCUGUACUACAUUUUUGCUACGGUCUGGGGUCGAGAACAGUACACUCUGUAUGGCAUCCUCUUCUUUGUUUUCGCCAUUCUCCUAAGUGUGGGGGCUUGCAUUUCCAUUGCACUCACCUACUUCCAGUUGUCUGGAGAGGAUUACCGCUGGUGGUGGCGAUCUGUGCUGAGCGUCGGCUCCACUGGCCUCUUCAUCUUCCUCUACUCAGUUUUCUACUAUGCUAGGCGCUCCAACAUGUCAGGGGCAGUACAGACAGUAGAGUUCUUUGGCUACUCCUUACUCACCGGUUAUGUCUUCUUCCUCAUGCUGGGCACCAUUUCGUUUUUUUCUUCCUUAAAGUUCAUCCGUUAUAUCUAUGUUAACCUCAAGAUGGACUGAGUUCUGCGUGGCAGAAGUAUUGCUCUUCUCUCCCUUUCUUCAAGCCCCACUGACCUGUCUUGACAGCUUCUCUUCUGACUGGGUGACUGAAUUGUGUGAUAGCAGUGUUCCCUGUCCCUUUUCCCAACAAGCCUCCCUUUCCCUCAGAAGGCCUGGAAAUUAAGAAUCUCUAUGAUACAAGGAGUAUAUAUUUGAACUUUUUAAGUUGCCUUUAGUUUUGGUCCUGAUUUUUCUUUUUACAAUUAUCAAAAUAAAAUUUAUUAAGAAAAAGGA